AUGUCUACAUCUCUGAUACUUCUAAUCCAUCGUGUCAGCGAUACGUAUGAAUUGUACAGUUAUUCUGUUCUUCUUAUCAUUGGAAUGAUUAGUAACCUUUCGAAUGCUAUUGUAUUUCUUACUUUUCGACCGUUUCGAGGAAAUCAAUGCGCUUUUUAUUUUGCUGCGGAAUCGAUUGCAAACAUUGGACUGUUUCUUAUUAUUCUUCCACUAAAUAUUUAUCAUUGUAUAAGUAAUAUUGAUCUAGCUGGUGUUUCAUUAUAUUGGUGUAAAAUGAAAGCUGGACUAUCCGGAUCAUUUGGUCUUUGUUCCCUUUAUACAAUCUGUUUCCAGACAAUCGAUCAAUAUCUGGCAACAAAUCUUCGACCUAGUUUUCGACAAAUUAGUACAAUAAAGCUAGCUCAUCGAUCUGUUCUUUGCAUCGCUUAUUUUGCUAUUCUUCAUAGCAUUCCCUUAAUUAUUACUUCGGAAAUUCAAGAAUCUGGCUCAUGUUCAGUGACGAAUGUUGUUCUUCAAACUUACAAUGCUGUUUUUUACUAUCCAGUUUUAAGUACUGCUUUACCAUUGCUCACUACGAUUACGUUUAGCUUGUUAGCUUACCGUAAUGUUCGUCGAGUUGUACGAAGACAGAUACCUGUCGUUCGUCGUCGAUUAGAUCGACAAAUGACUGUAAUGGUUUUAGCACGUAUCGUAAAUCUGAUUUUACUUGGUUUACCAUACGUUAUCUACAACAUUUAUACACUAAAUCUUCACGAAACAGAUCAGAAUCAGUUAGAAGUAGUCAUCACUGGCUUAAUCGGUUUAUUGGCAUAUUCAUUGUUAUAUUUAAAUUUUGCGGUGAAUUUUUAUCUAUUUUUGAUUGUAUCAACACGUUUUCGUCGUCAAGUAAAACACGGUAUGAUGAAGAAAUGUUGUGCAAAAUGUUACAGUGUCCAUCAUGCAAACCAGCGAAGGCAUAGUCGAAAUCAAGUUGCACCCGAGAUAGUUCUUAGACAAGUGUCUGGUGGUGUAGAAUCAGCAUAG